GUGUGCGCAGGCGCGGCUGGCUGAGCCGCGGCGGGGGGUGAGGCUGCUGAGUACUGGGGCGUCUGAAGAGGCAGAGCACCUCAGUGCAUGCUCCCGAUCCCGAGAGCGACGGAGAGAGCGAGUCCAGAUGGGGAGGCCCGGGAGGAAACCAGGAGGCCGAGCCGGGCCUGGGAAUUUGGGGGGACUCCUCCCUUUUCCAAAAGAGGAGCCCAGACGACGAGGUUCAUCUCUCACAAGUCUCAAAGCCAUGUCUAAGGGGUCCCUGUCACUCAAGGAUGUGACUGUGGACUUCACCCAGGACGAGUGGCAGCAGCUGGAUUCUGCUCAGAAGGCGCUCUACAGGGAUGUGAUGUUGGAAAACUAUGGCCACCUCAUCUCCGUGGGAUUUCACAUAACAAAGCCUGAUAUGAUCCGCAAAUUGGAACAAGGAGAAGAGCUAUGGACAGAGAGAAUUUUCCCAAGUCAAAGCUAUCUAGAAGAUGAAGAUGUUUUGGUGAAGUUCAAAGACUACCAAGACAAACAUUCUAAAUCCAUUGUAAUCAUCAACCACAAGAAACUAAUUAAGGAGAGAAGCAGUAUUUAUGGGAAAACUCUUAUACCAGGCAAGAACCAUAUGAUUUCCAAAACACUAUUUGAAUAUAAAUCUGAUGGGAAAGUUUUGAAAAACAUUUCAGAAUUCAUUAAUAGAGAUAUAAACCCUGUAAGAGAGAAGGUCGGUGAUAAUGGAUGGGAGAAACCAAUCCCGAGUUCCAAGCAUGAGAAAACUCUUCCUGAAACCACCCUCCGUAAACAAAUGGAAAGGGGUUUAAAGCUGGCCCAACACCAGAAGUUGCCGAUUCCAGAGCAGCCUUUUGAAUGUAAUGAAUAUGGCAGCUCCUUCCUUAUGAGAGGAGUGAUAUUUCCAAAUAAUAGAGCUCACAGUGGAGAUGGAAACUGCAGCCACAAUAAAGACAAAAUUGCUUUUUUAGAAAAGUCAGACCUUGGUAUUCAUCCACAUAAUCUCAUGGAAAAGAAAUCCUCUACAUACAACAAAUAUGGGAAAUUCCUUUGCAGAAAGUCAGUUUUUAUUGUGCAGCCCAGAUCUCAAAUGGAGGAGAAGCCCUUCCAGUGUCCUUACUGUGGAAACAGCUUUCGCAGGAAGUCCUACCUUAUCGAGCAUCAACGGAUCCACACAGGCGAGAAGCCCUAUGUUUGCAGCCAGUGUGCAAAAGCCUUCCGUCAGAAGACGGCCCUGACGCUCCAUGAAAAAACACACAUAGAGGGGAAACCCUAUCUUUGUAUGGACUGUGGGAAGGCCUUCCGCCAGAAGGCGACUCUCACUAGACACCACAAAACACACACGGGGGAGAAAGCCUAUGAAUGCACUCAGUGUGGAAGUGCCUUUAGGAAGAAGUCCUACCUCGUGGACCAUCAGAGAACGCACACAGGGGAGAAACCGUAUCAGUGCACUGAGUGUGGGAAGGCAUUUAUCCAGAAGACAACCCUCACUGUCCACCAGAGGACUCACACGGGAGAAAAGCCCUACAUUUGUACGGACUGUGGGAAGUCCUUCUGCCAGAAAACAACCCUUACCCUCCACCAGAGAAUUCACACAGGCGAGAAACCCUACGUCUGUAAUGACUGUGGGAAGUCCUUCCGCCAGAAGGCAAUCCUCACUGUUCACUACAGAAUACAUACAGGAGAAAAGUCCAACGGCUGUCCCCAGUGUGGGAAAGCCUUUAGUAGGAAAUCAAACCUCAUUCGCCAUCAGAAAACUCACACAGGAGAAAAACCCUAUGAAUGUAAAGAGUGUGGAAAAUUCUUCAGUUGUAAGUCAAACCUCAUUGCCCACCAGAAAACUCACAGAGCAGAAAACGUGAGAAUUCAGUGAGUGUUGUGAUUUUACUUUUUAAUUUAUUUGUUUUUUAGGUUUUUGAGACAGAGUCU